GGGGAGGGUGGCCCGUGUGUGUCUGUGUUGUUGUUCGGCGGCGGCGGCGGCGGCGGUAAGAUGGCUGCCCACGGGGGCUCCGCGGCGUCCUCGGCGCUGAAGGGGUUAAUUCAGCAGUUCACCGCCAUCACCGGUGCAAGUGAAAGUGUAGGAAAACAUAUGCUUGAAGCCUGCAACAAUAAUCUGGAGAUGGCUGUCACAAUGUUUUUGGAUGGUGGAGGAAUUGCUGAAGAGCCCAGUACCAGUUCAGCAAGUGUCUCUGCUGUCAGACCACACACAGAAGAAGAAGUCCGUGCCCCAAUUCCUCAAAAGCAGGAAAUAUUGGUGGAACCAGAACCUUUGUUUGGUGCUCCUAAAAGACGACGGCCUGCACGUUCAAUAUUUGAUGGUUUCCGAGACUUUCAAACUGAAACUAUUCGACAAGAACAGGAAUUAAGAAAUGGAGGAGCAAUAGACAAGAAACUAACUACCCUUGCAGAUCUGUUCCGGCCACCCAUUGACUUGAUGCAUAAAGGCAGCUUUGAAACAGCCAAAGAGUGUGGCCAGAUGCAGAAUAAGUGGCUGAUGAUAAACAUUCAAAAUGUACAAGACUUUGCAUGCCAGUGCCUCAACCGUGAUGUAUGGAGCAAUGAAGCUGUGAAGAACAUCAUCCGGGAGCAUUUCAUUUUCUGGCAGGUUUAUCAUGACAGUGAAGAAGGCCAGAGGUACAUACAGUUUUAUAAACUUGGGGAUUUCCCCUAUGUUUCCAUUUUGGACCCACGGACAGGUCAGAAGCUAGUAGAGUGGCACCAAUUAGAUGUAUCUUCUUUCUUGGACCAAGUGACAGGAUUUCUGGGUGAACAUGGUCAACUGGAUGGACUUUCUAGCAGUCCCCCAAAAAAAUGUGCCCGUUCAGAGAGCCUUAUAGAUGCAAGUGAAGACAGUCAACUAGAAGCUGCCAUUAGAGCCUCCUUACAAGAGACACAUUUUGAUUCAACACAGACAAAACAGGAUAGCCGCUCAGAUGAAGAAUCUGAAUCUGAACUUUUUUCUGGUAGUGAGGAGUUCAUAUCUGUUUGUGGCUCCGAUGAAGAAGAGGAGGUAGAAAAUCUUGCCAAGUCCAGAAAGUCUCCCCACAAAGAUUUGGGGCAUAGAAAAGAGGAGAACAGAAGGCCACUAACUGAGCCCCCUGCCAGAACUGAGCCUGGAACAGCCACAAACCACCAGGGAUUACCUUCUGUGGAUUCAGACAUACUAGAGAUGUCACCUGAAAAAUCAGAUGGAAUAGGGGAAGGCUUAGAUGUGAAUGGACCAAAAGCACAGCUAAUGUUGCGGUAUCCAGAUGGAAAAAGGGAACAGAUCACUCUUCCAGAGCAAGCUAAACUACUAGCUUUGGUGAAGCACGUCCAGUCUAAAGGCUAUCCAAAUGAACGUUUUGAACUUCUCACCAACUUUCCUCGAAGAAAACUAUCUCAUCUGGACUAUGACAUUACGUUACAAGAGGCAGGCCUUUGUCCUCAAGAGACUGUCUUUGUACAGGAACGAAAUUAACACCAUGGCCUGACCUCUCUCAGCUUACUCCUUUUUCCCUUUUCCUGUGAGAUACCAUAUCACUAAGUAUGCAUUUUGGCUCAUAGGACCAUAGAGCUAAAGUUGGGCAAGCAAGUCACCUGCCUUCUCUUUUAUUUCUUGUUCUCUCUUAUAAUCAGUCCCGUUCUCCCCCUUUUUUUUCUCUUUCCUAUUUUCUUCCCUCAUCCCCCAAUUUCCUUCUUUCUUACCUAAUCUGGUGACCAAAUGAAAGUGAAAGGAUAAGACCUCUCCUAGUACUAGCAGCAGGAAAUGUGUGUUCCAGUAAGUGGUCUCUUGCACGGCACUUUUUUGGGAUCAAAUGUUAGUUACUCCCCAGACUCCUUUGGCAAAGGAAUGACUAGAUUCAGAAUAAGAACAAACUCCCUUUUUUGUAAGCCUCCAUUUUUAGUAAGGAGAAGAAAUUCUCUUGUUUUGUUUUGUUCUUCAUGUAGGAAAUAUCACGUAAUGAAAUAUCUAGGCUUUUAUUUACAUGGGAAAAGCAUCCCUUAUCAUUAUUGAUCAUCAUAUUUAAAAAUUUUUUCAAAGGAUUUCCAUCUUCUUAGCUAUAAGAAUUAUUUCCAUGGUACGUGUUAUUGGCAGAAUGAGUGUUAAAGGUAGGGUAUAUAGCAUUGGGUAGCUUUCAGUAUCCUGGCUUGACACAGUUUUCUUCAUUAUUACUCUGCUAACUAUGUGGAUCCUGCUGUUCCUGUGGACAUUCAGUGAGCAUGUUUUGGUGACUAAAAUAGGAAGAUGCUUGCUGUUUUUGCCAGUACAGUAUAUUCGUUCCAUUGACCCCUGCAUUGUCUGGGUCCACGGUGAUCUAUAGGCAGCUGAUCAGUAAUCAUGCACAAUAAUGGCUUAUAAUUGUAGCCACUACAGUUAUUGAUUAUCCUAUGUUCUUUAAGGCAUACCGGGUAUGCCUCUAGGUGAAAAGAAAACAUGCAGCUGAGAUUUGCUAACCAAGUUCCUUUGGUUAGAAAUAAUGAUUCAUUUUUUACCACUGGUUGGAAUAGUCUCUAAAAGGCUCUGAUGACUGGAUGAGCACAAUUCCUCAUGCUGUUUUCUUUCAAAAGGGUAUCAAAACUGAAAGUCUCUCUAAGUGGAAGAUCUUUAAACUCAGUUCAUAAGAAAACAUAAGUAAGGGUAAUGGAGAUUACCAGUAAUCUUCAGAUGUUGUGAGUUUUUUCUGCCAAUAAAAGUCACAUUCAAAUUGUAUUUAGAGAAAGCUUUUUUCAGUAUUAUUUAGAAGAGGCCAUCUUGAAUCUAUAUAAUAUAGUUUAUAUAUCAGUUUCACUGUAUGCUCAAUUCUUAAUUUUGAGUUUUAAAACAGAGUCCUCUGAAGGGGUAGUAAUGAUUCUGGUGGCAAAAUCAGAACUUUAACUUGUUGUAAUAUCAUAAUGCGGAAUGUACCUGUUUGUCAAUUGGGGAUUUAGAUUGAGUCUUCUUCUUGAGGAACGUAAAUUGCUAUUGCACAGAGACCUUUAUGUUCCCAUUUACUUUAAGAGUACUCUCUUUGCAAUUAGGGGAGUUUGGGGGAAAAAAGAUACUGUGUGUUGCUAGUACACAAUUAUAGAAUAUGGUUUGUAACAGUUGGAUUUUGAGGAACCCUCCCUAAAGAAUGAGUUAUUUAUCUCCUCAAGGAAAUCAUGGAAUAUCUGUUUAUUCUUCAAUGAGUCCUUUUGAAUUAAUGUUCUUACAUUUUUUUCUAAGUUUGUGUAAGUGCUUAUGUAUAAGUAUAUAAUUGUAUAAAUAUUUAUAAAUAUAUUUAUAUAAUUACAGUUUCAUUUAUACCUUGAGUCAAAGUUCUCUCUUUAGAUUGGUGACUGAGUAAUGCCACUUUGGUGUCUUUUUAUAGGCUCUUGAGCUUCACUAGCAGUUUCUAAUUUAUUGAGGAAACAUGGUUUUUGUGUUAAUUCCUCAGUUGUAUCUCUGAACUUAGGUAAUAUACUUGCUAUUUGUGAAGAAUAGAGCUAUAUACUAUCAAAGGUGCACUAGAGGGUAAACAAUUUGUUGGUAGUGGACAAGAUCAGAAAUUUAAAAAUUAAGGGAGGCACAGGGUAAGAAGUAAGAGUAUGCUCAUUUUUGUGCUCUGAUGGCAUCUAUCUCCACUCCCAGCAAAGUCACAGCUAAAGCUCAGUUUAUAAAAAAUGUGAAGUCAAAAAUUUUUCCUGUAGGUCUCUGUUUCAUUCUCUUUGCCUACUAGCUUCCUUUGAUAAAACAUACCCAGAGAACCGAGACACGUUCAUUAAUGAGAGAAUAUAGUACUUUUUGAUUCCCUCUGCACUUGCAUAUUCAUUCAUUUAUGAGAAACCAAAGUGACUUUUUCAACUUGGGUUACUGUGAGAUGAUUAAAUGCAUAUAAAGUGAUUUAAGUAAGAGACAGCAUGAUAUAUUCAUCCAACUUAGAUACAACUGGAAUGUUUAGAGGACAAGAGGUAGAGGAUUUCACUUUAAUUUGAGGCAGAAAUGUAAUUGUCUUGGGGUUGAUACGGAGGCCCAUGGGAGGAAUUAUGGAUGGUACAUGGGAAGAGUAAAUAAAGGAGUGUUGCCUUCCUCAAGAACCUAACUCACUUAUGCAUUACACGUCUUCUGGUUUGCUUUAUUUCUUCUGCAAGUUCCUUUGUUCUUUGGGGGAUAGGUUUUAUUGAAUAGAUUACAUCAGUAAGGUUAGUUAAAAAUACCAUUAUAGGUGUUGGUAACAUCUUGGGAAAGAGUUUAAACAAUGGGGAGGAAAAGAACAAGAUAGUGGUGAGAAAAAUACAGUGAGACAGAAUGAAAACUGGUGGGGAGAAAGUAAGAGGCAUGCUUUUUUUGAAUUUGAUUUAGGAAGGAUGGAGAAGAUAAGAGAACAGUGCCAAAUGAAGGAAGAACAGGGAACUAAUUUUGAGUAACUGGCAUGUACUAAGUACUCAGCAUUUUCUCUGUAAUUUUCCUAAAAUCCCUACAAAAUGUAUAUUUUCCCCAUUUUAUAGAUAGGAAGAAAACAAGUGUAGAGAACUUGUUCAGGAUGUCACAGUUAGUAAAUGGCAAAUUAAAUUAGAAUUGGAGCACAGAAUCCAUGAUAUUUUAACUUCCAUGUUAUAUUCUCCUACAACAGGGGAGUCAAUUUACCUAGAUUGUCUUCUCAUUGUUUUGCUUUGUAAAUUAUCGUUUAGUUUUGUUUCCUUAAAUCUAAGGGGAGUAGUUGAGGUAAAGUUUGUGGGAUUUGCACUAUGCCUGUAAAUUCUUAUUUAUGCCAUUAUUUUGAGAGGCUGAUUAUUAAUUGCUUUUAAAAAUGAUGCACUGAUGAAAAUGUGAAAGGAAAACAGCUGUGUGGCAUUAUUUGCCAGGAAUAAAUGGAAAAGAUAAAAGAAUUUUAUCUUUAACCAUUUUUCAGAAAAGAUAUGAUUAUCUUUUCUGCAUCCAUCCAUACCAGAUUAUUAAAUCCUGUGUGUAUAUAUUUUAAAAUCUUUUAUAAAAUUCUACUUUCUCAACUCUGUAUAUCAACAAUUAUUUAUUAAGUCCUUAAUCAAAGCUGAAAAUAUUUUGAAAUCCAAGAUCCGAUUCCUGUUUAUUUUAUCCAGUUAGGGAGACACACUACAGAUGAGAUAAUUGGAGAACAUGUAAGUGUUUACCUUUCUGAGGUAUUCUAACUACAAUAGAAAUUUAGAAAAGGGAAAGAAUAGUGUUUUAGUUAGGAAAGUCUUCACAAAGACAUAAGACUGAGAAGAGGCGAACACAGUAGCUCAAAUUUUCUUUUGACUCAUAUAUGUUCUUUAGCUCCAACUUUCGUAACUCUUAGAUUUAGGGCAUGAAGUUUGUCAGUAAGGCAUAACCAGUAUCCAAGUGGGAAAGGAUUACUGAUCCCUAGGACUAAAGAUUCUUAGCUAACAGUGAUCUCACUUGUACACUUAGGAGAAAUACCAGAGGGAGCCAGUAGCAACUGAAAAAUGAAAGAUUUAAUUUCUUUAUCCAGGUACAAAUUAAAUGCGUAUUACAUAUGACACACACAAAAAGGCACUUAUGUAGCUAUAAGUGUACUUGGGUAACAAUUCUGCUAAUUAACUGUUACCUUGGCAGUUGUCUUUCUUCCUCUGAGUCUUGGAGUCCUCAUCUGAAAUAUGAGCGAUUGUACUAAAUUCAUAGAUUUGAGCUUCCUUAAGUGAAAAGACUUGUAAUUUUAAAAAUUGGCAUGGGUAGGGAAUUGUGGGUCUAACUAUUAAUAUAAUUAGUUCCACAAAGAAAAUGUAAAUGUAUACAUGGGAUCAUAGACCCCUUGCAGAAGCUCUAGAAACCUCAGGUUGUAGACGUCUGAAUUAUAUCAUCUCUGAAGUCCUUUUCUACCCACAAAUUUUAUGUUUCUACUCUUUUCCCUUUAUUAAAUAAUAUUCCUAGGCUAAUUAAAAGUGAACUUGUUAGUUUCUUUGCUUUUUUUCCCCUAUAUGCAGGUAUAAUUUGACCAAUCACUUGAUCUAACCUCACUGUGAUUACUGAAAUCUCCAAAAAGGAGAAUAUAACAGUUAUACAUGCAGUAAUGAUCUUUCAGUGUAAUUUUCAAACUUAAUGCUGUGUGCCUAUGAAUACGACUACAAUGUAUGUGAGACCCAAAUAUGUCACUGACACUGGAGUUAAAUUGUAUUUUACCCAUGUGCUUAAAGUACUUUAAUGCCUGAGCAAUUGUUGGGGAAUUGAUUUGUAUAAAUUGUAGCUUUCACACUUGGUUUUGGCAAAAAUGAUUUUUUCAAGAUCCUAUUAGGCUGACUUUUAAAUUUUUUUUAUUAUUUUAGAGAUGGGAGUUUCACUAUUUUGUCCAGGCUGAUAGGGAAUUCCUGGCCUCAAGUGAUCCACCCAUCUCUACCUCCCAAGUAGCUGGGAUUACAGACCCCAUCCCCAGCCCACUAUUGAAUUUUAAAAAUAUUUCUUAUCCUGUAGAGUGUAUCUUCAUUUUGUCAUUCUUCACCCCCACAUUCUUCCUCCCCAACACCUUUCUUGACCAUCACUAAUCGUGGGGUGCGGGUUGAUGAAUAGUAGUAUCUUUUGUAAAACUAAAACUCAAAGUAAUGAGGAUAGAAAGAAUUCAACCCAUCUUCAAAUAAUACAAGUCUGGAUGAAUAGGCUAUGUAAAGACAGCUGUGUGCUAUGAAUAUUCAGCUUCAUUGAUUUGCCUUGCUUAUCAUUUCAGUUAUUAUCUUGCCUGAGAAACUUAGUGUUGCAUAGUACACAUUUUUAGAAUAGUGGCAAGAAUGUUCUUCAGAACUGCAGAUAACCAACAGAAUACCAUAGUAACAUAUUUAUUUCCCCUAUUAUAUAGAGAUUUGGCAUUUCAAUGAAGAUUAUUUUGGUUUUUGACUCACCUAUGUGUCAUUCUUUCUAGAGAGAUGAUUUAGAAUUCAGUAUUUUUUUAUUAUAAUAGAGAUUAUGAUGGCUUUGGUAGUUUCUCAUGAAGUAAACUUAAAUGGUUGGAUUAUUGGAUGUGAUAAGACCCGUAAUCAUAAAAGUUUUUAAUCCUUCCCUCUCUUCUACUUUUCCAUUUUCUAUUCUUUAACAGUCAUUCUCACAAAAUAGUUACGGUUUUUAAUGUAAUUGGCUAUGUUGAAGAAAUUCCAUUUCUAAGUGUUACUAUGUAAUGUUUUUCUUUUUUUAUAUAUUUAUAUUCAAGGGAAGAAUUUGAGGCAAACAUCCUUUUCAUUAAGCUCUCUAGUUAAGGAGAAUUCUCUUAAUCCAAUUAGAGAAUGGCGAACUCUUUGACAUCCUUCCAUUUUUUUUGGCUUACUGAUUGCUAUUACAUUGCUUAGAAGCGCAGCCAUUCUCAUAAACAUGAGUUUUGGUAUAGGCUUUUUCUCUGCCAUAUGAUUUCAAAGUAAAGUUGGGUAAAUCCAACAUAAAUUAUUAAACAUAAUGUAGCAUUUCUGUAAUGAGGAGGUAUUUUCAAAGGAUAACCAGAUUUACUUAUAGGAUUAGAGAUGCAAAUACCAAUGGUAGUAUUUUGCCCCAAAACAAUCGCAUAUUAAUCUAUGAGAAGUUACCUUGUUGUACUUAAUUCUGUGGCAACAAACAGCAAAUUUUUAUUGUUUAAUGGUAUUUCUUAUAUAAAGAUCAAAAUGCCCUAAGGUUUUCUAUCCCUUAUUAAGGUCACUUGGGUUUUCAAAUGAGAAGAAUAAUCAAGCAAAGUAAUAUUUUAUGUCCAUCAAAAGAAGUUAUUAAUCUAACUUUGUUAAAUGUGGUAAAUAAAAUAAAAUGGAAAACAUUUCUUAUCAUUCUGACCUGGAAUUGAAUUCUCCCUUCAUCGAAGUCUUUUUUGUUUCCUAUUUUUAUAGACUUAGUAUGGGAAUCUUAAUUGAUUUAAGGGAGAGUUUCUGGAUCUGGAACCAUUCCCUGCCAUUCUGCCUUUUUUCCUGUAUCAAGGUAGCUGGCUUUAAAGUGCAUGUCACCAGGAUCCACUUCAAGUUGAUAUUAGGCUGUUGAUACUCAGUUGGACACCUUACUGUUUUCAACAAAAUGAUUUUAUAGUAUGCUUUUUUCUCAAAGCUUCUAUGUUCUUAAUAAUGGAAAAUAUCAAUAAAUGGUAUGAUUCAAAAUAUAAAUAGGUUUAUGACACUAAUUAUAUGCUUUUAACAUAAUUAUAUGCUUUUAACAUAACUUUUUGGUAACUGAUUGCCCUGUAAGUUAAGCCUUGCAUGGAGUGACCAUUGCCACCCGAAAAUUCCCUUUUACCUACUAAUUAGAGCAAACACAGUAUAUAACUCCACUUCUCAGUUAAUGAGUAGCAAGCUUGUAGUAGAGGCUGUUCAUCUUACACAUUUGGGACGUGGGCCUUGUUCCUUUCCUAGGUCUGUCCCUUCAGUUUGGAAAGUCUAUUUAAAACAUUUGCUGGGAAGUAGUAAAGCUGUGAGGUAAUCUUCUAGUCAGUAGAUGCAGAGAAAUGAGUAUCAAUGAGUGAACAUGAUACUUGGUCUUUGAGGGACUUACAUCCAAGCUUUGGCAUGAAUCUGUUAAACAUAAUUUUCUUCACUCCUCUAAAACUCGUUUUGUUUUUUUUUUUUGUUUUUCAGAACAGUUUUCCUUUUGAUAACAAAUUCUAAGCAUCUGGUGUCUUUUUUCUUUCUGUUUUAAACAAAAUUCUUUUUCAAGUAGGUAUUGGUCGUUCCAUGGAAGUUCUCAGGAGUGUUUGUAGGCUGUCUGCAUGCUUUGUAUGAGUUCAAUUUGAACGAUGCAAUUUGAAUCAUCUGGGAUGUCCGAGUCUGGCAUUAAUUGUGUUUUUAAACAUUUUUCAUGUCAUUGUUGAAACCUUACUUCCCAUUUUAUUCAGAGAGGUUAAUCAAGGAAUGAAAUUUGUUUGGGGAUAGGGAUGAGGGUGGGUUAGGGACUUGAGUGAAGUCAACUUGGGGUAUUUGCUUUAAAAUAUUUUCUCAAGCAGUUCCUAACAGUAUUUAGAGAUUCCCUGGGAUGUUUGUGUACUCAGCUUACUCUGGACGAAGUGGGGGGUCUUACUGAGACUUGCAUUCUUAAUGCAGGACAGGCUCUUAAAUUCAGUCUGUAAUGUAACUUUGUUAUUGUAUCCAAGAAGAUAAUAGAGGCGGUGCUCCUAUUGUAGUGUUUCUGGCAAGUGCUCCCUAAAAUGCAUAUAGAGUUCUCAGAUUUCUAGGCCUUUAACCCCAUGGUGCUAGGAGAUACUGUUUCUGUAGCUCUUCCCAAAAGUGGGAAGAUGUCUUUGACACCUGUGAGCAAGGGGCAGCUGGACCAUCUACUAAAUUUUUUUGUUCAAGACACAUUAGAGACCCUCCUGUAUAUUUAGUAAGUGAUAAUAAAAGGUGCUAGGGAAAGCCUUAAAUUUGAAGACACAUGGAGGUGGUAGAAAAUUAAACUUGUAGGAGGAGACAAACAUGCCAUUAGGUAAAGCAGAGCUGAAACUGCUCACUAAGACUCAGUGGAACUUCCACUUGCUCUAAAACCAGGGAAAUCUUAGAUAACUGGGUGUGAUAUAUCUAUAGAUACAUAUAGUCUAUAGGUAAAUAUUAAUACUUUCUAAAAUGAGGAUCUUUCAGUUGGUGGUCCUCUGGUUUUGGCUGUACCAAAUUGUGAAUAUUCUUGCUGUGUUGUACCCAGUUGCUUUAUAUUAAUACUGCAACUUGAAUAGGGGAGGGGAGGGGAGGGACUGUAGGGUGGGGGAGGGAGGGGAGUUGGGACAUUAAGUCUUUUGAAGACAUCAGCUCACUGUGCUGAGAGAGGGACCAAACUCAAGGAAACCUCUGAUCUAUAAAUUCAACUGCUGCAUUUUUUUAUAAAUACAUGUAAAUGUCCUGUUGUAAUAUUUGAUCUUGGAAAUAAAAACAAAAACUUUUCAGUA